UGUUGCGCGAUUUUUAACAGAAUGUUCGAAAAAGUAGGGGGUAGGAGUAACAGGUUAAUAUCCUCUCUGUUAUUUCUAGAUUCUGAAGAGCUUGGUGUGAUUUGCCAACGUGAACUCAAAUAUAAUCUAAAGAAGAAGUUUCAAUGUGUAUUUGAGGGGAUCGCUAAACAAGGAAACCCAACACUUCUCAAUAAGAUCUACACAGAGCUCUACAUCACAGAGGGUGGAACAGGAGAGAUCAAUAAUGAACAUGAGCUGAGACAGAUUGAGACAACAACCAGGAAACAAGCAAGACCAGAGACUGCAAUCAAAUGUAACGACAUCUUCAAACCCUUAACUGGACAAGACAAACUUAUCAGAACUGUGCUGACAAAGGGAGUCGCUGGCAUUGGAAAAACAGUCUCUGUGCAGAAGUUCAUUCUGGACUGGGCUGAAGGAAAAGCAAAUCAGGAUGUCCAAUUUGUAUUUUCAUUCCCUUUUCGGGAGCUGAAUAUGAUGAAAGAGGACAAAUACACUUUCAUCAAACUUCUUAAUCACUUCUCAAUGGAAACCAAACAAUCAAGAAUCUCCAAUUACGACAAGUACAAAGUUCUGUUCAUCUUUGAUGGUCUGGAUGAGUGCCGACUGCCCCUAGACUUCCAGAAGAACAAGAUCUGUUGUGACGUCACAGAGUCAACCUGGAUGUUCUGGAUGUUCUGCUGACAAAUCUCAUCAAGGGAAAUCUGCUUCACUCUGCUCUCCUCUGGAUAACUACCCGACCUGCAGCAGCCAAUAAGAUCCCUUCAGGAUGUGUUGACCAGGUGACCGAGGUACGAGGGUUCAGUGACCCACAGAAGGAGGAGUACUUCAGGAAGAGAUUCAGUGAUGAGGACCUGACCAGCAGAAUCAUCUCACACAUAAAGACAUCAAGGAGCCUCCACAUCAUGUGCCACAUUCCAGUCUUCUGUUGGAUUUCUGCUAUAGUCCUUGAACUCAUGCUGAAACAUAAGAGAGAAGAGAUGCACAAGACUCUGACUGAGAUGUACACACACCUUGUGGUGUUUCAUACCACACAGAAGAAUGAAAAGUAUUCUGGGAAAGAAGAGACAGGUCCACAAUGGAAUAAAGAGAGCAUUCUGUCACUGGGAAAACUGGCUUUUCAACAGCUUGUGAAUGGCAAUCUGAUUUUCUAUGAAGGAGACCUGAAAGAUGCUGGCAUUGAUGUCAAUGAAGCCUCAGUGUACUCAGGAUUGUGCACACAGCUCUUUAAAGAGGAAUGUGGGCUGUACCAGCACAAGGUGUACUGUUUUGUUCAUCUGAGCAUUCAGGAGUUUCUGGCUGCUGUAUAUGUGUUUCUCUCAUUCAUCAACAACAAUGAGAAUCUAAUGGCCGAACCGCAAACAAAGUCCAGCAUCUUUGCUUCGCUGUUCAGAGACAAGUCUGAAGUUACUGUCUACAGGAGUGCUGUGGAUAAAGCCUUACAAAGUGAGACGGGAAACCUGGACCUUUUCCUCCGCUUCCUUCUGGGCCUCUCACUGGAGUCCAAUCAGAAGCACUUACGAGGUCUACUGACAACGACAAGAAGCAGCUCAAAGACCCAUGGAGAAACAGUCAAGUACAUCAAAGAGAAGAUCAGGGAGAAUCCCUCUCCAGAGAGGAGCAUCAAUCUGUUCCACUGUCUGAAUGAACUGAAUGACCAUUCUCUAGUGGAGGAGAUCCAAAGCUACCUGAGAACAGGAAGUCUCUCUGGAGCCAAACUGUCACCUGCACAGUGGUCAGCUCUGGUCUUUGUGUUGUUGACUUCAGAAAAGGAGCUGGAUGUAUUUGACCUGAAGAAAUACUCCAGAUCAGAGGAAGGUCUUCUGAGGCUGCUGCCAGUGGUCAAAGCCUCCAAAGUUGUUCUGCUGUCAGGCUGUGGAGUCACAGAGGAAGGCUGUGCUUCUCUGGUCUCAGCUCUGGAGUCAAACCCCUCACACCUGAGAGAGCUGGAUCUGAGUAACAAUGACUUGAAGGAUUCAGGAGUGAAGCUGCUCUCUGCUGGACUGGGGAAUCCCCACUGUAAACUGGAGACUCUGAGGUCAGUAUUCCUGUAGUUGGUCAACUGCUAGUUGGUCAACUGCUUUACCCUGCUAGGUAAAGUCCCCCCAUAUCUCAGCUCGCUGGUCACCAUAGCAUCUCCCACCUGUAGCACACGCUCCAGCAGGUAUGUCUCUCUAGUCAUCCCCAAAACCAAUUCUUUCUUUGGCCGCCUCUCCUUCCAGUUCUCUGCUGCCAAUGACUGGAACGAACUACAAAAAUCUCUUAAAUUGGAAACACUUAUCUCCCUCACUAGCUUUAAGCACCAACUGUCAGAGCAUCUUACAGAUUACUGCACCUGUACAUAGCCCACCUAUAAUUUAGCCCAAC